CUUUAAGAGUGAAGAUCAUUCACGUGGACAACCUGUAAUAAAAGAACUAAGAAGUAACCACUCUCCGUCUUCGGAGGGUUUCCUCUUUACAGUCAUUCAAAAAGCAUCAGACAAGAGGUCGGGCGCUCACCCGUACCACUACUCUGUAGAAGAAUUUCAACUUUCUCCCAAGGCCGCCAUUAACGACACCUCACAAAUUCUCAUUUGCUGGUGUUUUAUUUACCGGAUUGCCGCAAGCGAAGCAUCGAGUUAUAAAAUCCCCAAAUGGCGGUCGAACUUCACUGAAUCCAGGACGGGAGGGAGGUGGACGAGCAACGAGCGGCGAUCAUGGAUCCAGAGGUCGGAAAAAUGGAGAAUCAAGAAGCUCGUCGGCCGAAUUCGGAGCAGAGAUCGAAGAAAUCGAUUCCUCCUUACAUGAACGCGGUUUCCGGUUCUCUUGGAGGCGUGAUGGAGGCCUGUUGUUUACAGCCGAUUGAUGUUAUCAAGACUAGGCUGCAGCUCGACCGGACCGGGGCUUACAAGGGGAUUGUCCACUGCGGAGCCACGGUUACGCGCACGGAAGGAGUUCGGGCUCUUUGGAAGGGAUUGACUCCGUUCGCUACGCAUCUAACCUUGAAAUAUGCCCUUCGCAUGGGGUCCAAUGCGGUGCUUCAGACCGCGUUUAAGGAUUCCGAGACCGGGAAACUCAGCAACCAUGCGCGUCUCAUUUCUGGAUUCGGUGCUGGGGUUUUGGAGGCUCUCGUCAUUGUUACUCCAUUUGAGGUGGUGAAGAUUAGAUUGCAGCAGCAGAAAGGAUUAAGUCCUGAGCUUCUCAAGUAUAAGGGUCCAGUGCACUGUGCUCGAAUGAUCAUUCGAGAAGAAGGCCUCCUAGGGCUUUGGGCUGGGGCUGCCCCUACGGUCAUGCGCAAUGGAACAAAUCAGGCUGCCAUGUUUACUGCCAAGAAUGCUUUUGAUGUUGUUCUUUGGAACAGACACGAAGGAGAUGGGAAAGUCCUCCAACCAUGGCAGUCUAUGGUAUCGGGAUUCCUAGCAGGCACGGCAGGGCCUAUAUGCACGGGUCCUUUCGAUGUUGUGAAAACUAGGCUUAUGGCCCAGAGUCGAGGAAGGGGUGAACUCAAGUACAAAGGCAUGUUCCAUGCUAUCAGAACGAUAUACGCAGAGGAGGGACUUUUAGCUUUAUGGAAAGGGCUGCUGCCCCGACUCAUGAGGAUUCCACCAGGGCAAGCCAUUGUGUGGGCAGUGGCUGAUCAAAUUAUUGGCUUGUAUGAGAGGAGACAACUUCAUGAUGUUCCCAUAUGAAUACUAAGCACAUUUUUUGGGUUGCUUUACUAUAAAGUCCACUGCAGAUACAGUUUCAGCAAUCAUCUAAAUAACCAUGAGUUUGGCGACUCUUGUCUUCAAAUGUUGGAAAAAUAUCAUAGACUGGUAGUUUCUUAGAAAUUUUAGUGCUGUUUACUUUGUGGUAGUACUAAUUCUUUGGUUACAAUUAUUGGACUUCUUUAGGAGUAUAAUGGCUUCUUUCUUGAUGAUGAUAUAAUUCCUUCUGGGUCUGCCUGGAGGCUGGAGUAAACAUUGUCAUUGAAAGGAAUUGAAUUUUGAGAAAAGGGAACUGUAAUUUGAUUUGUUGAAAGGUGUUGCUUGUGUA